AGACGACAGUCGACCGCAGAAUUUCCGCAUUAUUUUUUUAGAGUCUUGGACGAACAAAGCGACCUCUGGUCCCUCUUCGGAUCCAAGAGGCGAUAAGGUUUUCCUACUGUCCAGCACCCGAAGGGCGGGCACACGUUCUUAGCCAAAAACAAGGUCUCACGUUUUGGAACACCCAGUCCAAACCCCGUGCGUCUCGAAUGUGUCUUCGUUCGCUAGCAAAGAAGGGUUCUUUUUUGCCACAGGAAUUCGACGCAGGCACCUCCUGAACGGUUUGCUUCCUCGGCUUCUCCGUUCCAUUUGUUUUGUCCCACGUUAUCCACGGUUACCAGGUGCCACUCUGGCUGACUGCAGUGCCGCUUCUGUAUUGUUAUUCCAAGAGUUUUUUAAAGUGCCGUCGCAAAAACAGGAGGGGAGAAGAGGCGUAACCCGCGACCUUUUCGUCGUUUUUCUCACAUCCCGUUGGCUUUCAAGAUAAGACAGGCAAGACCUUGCGUACAUUUCUUUUUCGUGUUUUCCGGUGCACGUUCAGAGACUGCUCUUGCUUGCCCUCAUUCCGUGAUUUUUCUCUUGUGACAGUCCAAGUGGAAAUAGCAACACGAUGGACGGGCUUGGAGAGUUCACGACAGGUAUUGGCCUGGGAACUGUCAAGAGGCUGCAGAAAUGGAUGGAUCUCACCCCGCGCCGGUGCUCAAAGGAAUCCUGUGAACCCGAAGGCUUGGGAAGCCGUUCGUUUUUCUCGCUGGCUCGCAGGAGGACGGGGAACGCAGCUGACAUACGAGGUUGGCUGUCUAUUCUAUCAACCGAAACUGGAGAUGGGGUCACAUCUUCCGCAAACGACCCGGAUUCCUUUUCUUGCUUGCAUUCUGUUCCGGGACAGAGAAGGAUGCUCAGUUCUGCUGGCGAAGAGGGACAGGUAGAGGGGGCGUUGUCUGGAGCCAACGAAAAGCGCUCCGACGAGGGGAGCUGCUGCGAAGAAUCGCACAGCAGGCGGUCCAAUUCACAGUCGAUGGACAGUUUCAGCGCCUGCAAUUUCUUCCGUUUUCCGGGGCUGUUGCCUUUCGCCGCUGAACCCACCGCGGGGAAGCGAGUGGAAAGUGACACCGGAGAGACAGCUCGAUACGUAGGCGUACCAAAUAUUUUCGUGUUUUUGAUGCGUAUCGGUGCAACUGUGGCCGGCAAGGACCAAGGAAACUCUGACUCUUUUGCCUCUUCCUUUUCAACGAAUAUGCUUUCCGAACCGAUUCCGCCGGCGUUCUCUCAGCCCAGCAGCGACCUCAUUGCUGAAGAGAAGUUUGCGAAAGCCGUUGAAACGCCCACAGUACUUCCGGCGAAAAAUUCCGAUGGAGAAACAUGCCCUGCUGUACCCCUGGAGCGUGCCUGCUUCCGUGGUGAAUCUCGCGCUGCUGCGUCGGCUCUCGUCGAGAGAACGGUGGUCACAGAGAGGGAGGAGAGUGUGAUGACAAUUCUCCGUGCCUCCUCUGUGUCUGAAGCAGUAAGAGAGUGGGUGAAGUCUCUCGGCACCACGGAUGAAGAACCUGCCGUAGCCGUCCCUUUUGUUACAGAAGAUGCAGCAAAGCUUCUGUGGAAGUCCGCGUGCUCGUUGGUAGCCAAUCCGGUGGUCGCCUUCUAUUGCCAGUGCUAUGCUCUGGCGAGUCUAGGAGCUGUCGUGUUUGCCACCUCCAUCAUCCACUGGUGGCGUCCUCUGCUUGGCAUUCGGAGGACAAUAGAUGUCACAGCUGUCGUUAUCGUAGCUUCCAUACACUGGCUGACUGCGCUCUUCUUGACAGACAUCACUUUCCAAGCUGUUUACUUCCUCAUCACGUUGACGGGUGUGUUGUGUUACUUCGGAGGAUGCACCUUAGCGGCGAGGGGCCACUCAAUGCCAGGCGCGUGGUGCCACGUCGGCCUUCACUCGAUCUGCACUGUUGGAAACCUUUGCUUGUACAUGUAUCUUGCUUUUGUGGUCGAUGACAGUGUUGAGAAGGCAGCCUUGGUGCCGAGCGUUUCGGAAACGGUUGCCGGGAUGGUAUCAGCCUAAGUGCUGCACGCCACGUCAUGGGAGAGGCGGAAGGGAGCGUUACAGUCGAAGUUUCGCGUUCGGACUGCAAAAGCACUUUUGGUACUCUGUUUACGCAGUGCGUGACACGAAUUUAAACACUGUCUCAACCAGUCAUGGCAAUGCACACGAAACGAAAACUGGUGGCGCCGAGUGUGUAGACUGCGUGCUUUUGGCUAGAAUUCCAAGUAGACAGAACAACGGAACUGUACAGUGGUGGGAGCCGUUCACCUGUCCAAUAGAUGCCUUUCAUCAACAAACCCGGGACAGAGCGCGUUCGCCUCAGGAACGGUGGCCGUAACGGCACUGCGUUGUUACCAGUCAGACUGUGUUGACGGAGGAACCAGCAAGCGGGAGUCCAGUCGGGUGAGCGAGAGGCGUCAGGGGUAAACUGUGAGCAGAGGCAUCACACAGGCGUCGCUAGCUUGGUGUUCCCCGUUUCAAUUUCCGUGUUUGUCGUUCCUUCUCCCCCACCGUGAUGAGACAGAAGACAGCUAUAUAUAUAUAUAUAUGUACGACUUUCUUCCAACCAGGAUUGUAUGCGGUGCAAUUAUACACGCUCUUCCUUGACUUUUUCCAGCGUGAGGAAAAGGAAGUCACGAGAGUAUAAACAGUGGACUGAUGGGGUGGUGAUGGACGGGCGACAAUGCGCGUGUGGAAUGUAGUUAGAACGCAGUACGUAGUUGUAAAGGAAGCCAUGCGAUUCCGUGUAUUACAUUCUUCCCGUGCGCGUGCCGUAUGUAGUGACACUGUUUCAGUGGAAUGAACGAGGAAACAGCGGCUACAAGACUCAUCGCAACGACAGCUGGUUUCUCACAGUUUCUUCUGAACAGUGCCUUCCUGAGAAGCCCAAAAGAAGUGUUACCAAGUUCAAAUUCUCGCAUUUUUCGUUUGCUUUGCGGGUGGGAAUAAACCAGACAGCGGUAGGGUGGGAUGCUUUGCCUCAUGGACCAAGUUGCUGUCAGUGUUUGGAAAAGUGAUUCAGAUUGUGUACUUCUGUGCUCAUGUCUUUUGUGUUGAUAUAGUGUCUGAGGUUAUGGCAUACUUGGAACAGGAAGUUCUCUCUCUUGAAUGUUGGUGAGAGCAUCAAACUUGCUUUGAUAACAGCGUCUUGAAAACCGCGUGGCACACCGCUGGCCUGUUCCUGCUGGUUCAUACUUUUGGGAUUUGUUUUCCGUUCUUAUUGGCGUAUGAUAUCUUCUCUGUUCGCCUUGAGAAGCGAGUGCAUCGGGGAGGAGCUAGACUUGGACGCAGGGGCCUGAGUCAUCUCUUCGACAGUCUUGUAUUUGUGCAUGGAAAGUUGUGGUUGGAUGUUCCUCGAUAUACCCUUUCACACAAACAGUUUGGAGGUGAAUUGCAGCAGCUCAAUAGAAGUUCUCAGCUCCCAUUUCUUCCAUAGGUGAGUCCUUCGCUGUGUCUGACGUAUAUGCAAACAAUUUACUGGCAGUUUCGUUGCGCCCCAGCUUUCUCCCGACGCCUACUGGUGGCUUCCUUGCCUCCUGAGAGCUCUGUGAGAGAUGUGAGGCCAUUGUGUUGUGCAUAUGUGCCAAAGGAAUAGCGAACGCACAAAGACGUACAUUCCUUACCUCCCGAAUGUGUAAGUCUAUAUGCGAUGUACAAUCCAGGACUCGUUCGUUAUCGGUCAGCAGAUGAACAAUUUCGUUUACUGGUAGACUCAUCACCUAGUGCGGCGGUGACCCGGUGAGGAAGCAGGUUGAAACUUCGCAGUUGUGGUACCAGACCUAAGUACAUCGAAUUCCUGUUUGAACUAUCCAGGAAUUUUUGAAAACACGUGCGGUGGUAUUUACUGACGUGUGCGGCCCAUAUGUCAGCUCAAUCAUGAAGUGCGCCGACAGCGGUUCUCGUCUCCGUUCCUACAGGUGCACUGAGCGGAGGCGAAACGGACUGUAGCAGAGCGCAGGACGAGCUUUCAAUUUUAGAAUCAAUACAAGUGCGUUUUAACUGCUAGUCAAACACUCCUGAUGUGGUAGAACUCUUUCCGCGGAGUCGCUGGCUAAGUCCGUUGAUCGGGCGGUUAGAGGCGCGUUUUUCUCUAAAGCAGUACCGAUAGCAUCAAGGGGACAUGACAUAUUGUUUCUGGAUAGAUGACGUGCCCACGUACCGUUUCUCAGUCUAUUGUUUCUCAGUACACAGCAUGCUCUGGCGAGAGACGCACA